UUUUAACCUUUUCACUGGGAGAGGGGGGGGGGUCAACGAGUGAGAGAUAUAGAGGGAGAGAGAUACAUAGAGAUAGAUAGAAAGAAGAAAGAGAGUGAGACACGGACAGACAGGCAGACAGAGCGCGCGAGACACAAGGAAGUGGCCACCUCUGUGGAUCAACGCUCUGGCAAACGAAGAGAAGACCAGCGAGAACAGCUUCAAACCGGUUCACUCCCCUCUCCGUCUCUGCUAGGCAACACAAUAGCGCUGCCUUCCUUCUGCCGGCUUUCUCAUUCAGACAGAUGAUGCCACAACAGCACUGCACCUCCGCCGCGUUUCAGCGCUACCGAGGCCGAUACAGCAGAUUUAUCGUGGUGGAAAUGUGCGUGGGGCUAUGAUAGUUGUGUUCGGGGGGGGGCUACCGCAUCUCCAGUGCGAAAAAUUGGCUGGUUUAUAGAGACGCCCUGAAUAGAGCAUCUUGCAGGUGUCUAGUUUAACUAGCCAAUCAGUGGAGGCGCUUGAUUCUCCCCACUCAGCCACUUUUGUCGGAAAGCAACAUGGCUUCCUCAGACACCACCACCACCACCGGCACCACCACCGGCAACACCUCCAAAGGCAGCAGGAGCUCAGAGACCAGAGCCCAGCAGCCCCUGGACGGCGGGUGGGGCUGGGUCAUUGUCGUGGCCUGCUUCAUGGCUCAGUUCCUGGCCUACGGGUCUCCCCUGUCUGUGGGAGUCCUGUUCCCAGAGUGGCUGCACGUCUUCCAGGAAGGAAAGGGCUUGACUGCCUGGGUGGGCUCGCUGGUCUCUGGACUGGGCCUCAUCGUCAGUCCCAUUUGCAGUGCAAGUGUGGAGCACUUUGGGGCGCGUCCGGUCACUGUUUUCAGCGGGGUGAUGGUGGCGGGGGGGCUUAUGCUGAGCGCGUUCGCUCCAAACAUCCCCUUCCUCAUCUUCUCCUUCGGCAUCGUUGUCGGUGUGGGAUGCGGACUGGUGUACGCAGCCACGCUCACCAUUACCUGCCUGUACUUUGACAAGAAGAAGGGCCUUGCGCUGGGAAUUGUGGGCACAGGUUCCAGCAUGGGCGGCUUCCUCUACGCCACGCUGCAGACCAAGCUGAUCGAGCUGCUGGGCGUCAGCGGCUGCCUACUCAUCGUGGGCGCCGUGUCCCUCAACAUCAUCGCCUGCGCCGGCCCCAUGCGACCCCUGACCCCGCCCAAGUACUACCUCAAGCAGCGCGCGGCCCUCCUGGAGAGGGCCGAGGCCGCGAGGCUGUCGGAGAAGCCGGGCCCAGACGAGGCCCCGGCCAAUCAGAAGCCUCUGCUGACCAAGGACGCAGUGAUGCUCACCGUGGAGACGAAGGAGCCGUUCCAGAGGAGGAGGGCUCGCGACUUUGCGGACCUGGUCCGGCAGAUAAAGAGCAGGCUGAGGGAUUAUUCAAGAUGCAUGUCCUCUACAUCAGCGGUGUUCCAGAACCGAGUCUUCAUGGCCCUGUGUAUCUCCUUCUUCCUCUUCGCCCUUGGUGCCUUCCCCACCCUGCUCUUCAUGGAGGACGUAGCCCGGAGCCAGGGGCUCAUGGAGGAGGGCACCGCCACCUUCCCGCUGGUGUCGCUGGUCGCCAUCGCCAGCGGCUUUGGCAAGCUGGGCCUGGGAGCGAUGGUGGACCUGCCCUUCGUCCACAGCAUCCCCCUCUUCAUCUUCACCAUGGUGGGCAGCGGGCUGGGCCUGCUGCUCAUACCGUUCACCAAGUUCUACCUGGGGCUGCAGAUCCUGGCUGUGUGGAUGGGCUUCCUGGGCGGCAACUGGUCGCUGACCCCGUACAUCACCAACGAGAUAGUGGGCAAGGAGAAGCUCUCUGAAGCCCACGGCGUCCUCAUGUUCUUCGGAGGCCUGGGAAUCACCCUGGGGCCUCCAGUCGUAGGUUGCUUCUACGACCUGACCCUCUCCUUUGACAUUGCAUUCUACUUCAGCGGGGGGUGCGUGCUCCUGGGUGGCAUGAUCCUGUUUACCUGUACCCUGCCAUGCCUGGGUCGUACCACUUUUGAAACCCCCCUCCCAACCCUAGAAGCCGUGCAGACGGAACACAUUGAGUGUGUUAUUCCCGACGCAACUGAUGGGUCGUACACGCCGGCGACCCUCAUGGUAACGUUCGCGGCCUGACAGAUAUAUAUCAUUAAAUAGUGUGCAUUCUUGUUCAGUUUUGACAAUUGAACCACAAACCAUAUCCCAAAUUCCUGAAUCAGCUGUUUAGUUUAUCAGAUGUUCCUCAUUCAGGAUUCUGAGGGAGAUAGAAAUGUAAAAAAGGGUUGAGAGGUGCCAUUUGUGCAACCUCAACAUUGAAGCUAUUUCCUUGUUUUAUAGUUUCUGGUUAUGCGGUCGCCUAGAAACGACAUACAAAUAAACAACAUCCCCCACAUUUCAGACAGCUUACACCACGUUUUACUUAUAGAGGUGUAGCUCUCCCAAAGAACCAGUUCUAGCAAUAAUUAGUCAUAUUUUUUUACGUGGAAUUUGUGUUUUACAAUUGAAUUGUUUUGUUCAAAUAUACUGCCGUCAAAAGUUACUAGUAAUUAUAUAUUAGAUAUUAUUAUAAUAACUUUAUAUCUAUACAUAUAUAUAUAAUAAAUAUCUUCGGCAAACCGUAACUGUACGGGGUUCACACACAGAUAUUACUGACGGACACAUUAGUAAAGCAUUUGAAACCGAGAAAUAAAUCAAACAUUUAUUUAUAGGCUAUUGUCUAUGUCUAAAGUGAAGUCGAAUAUGUAGUUUGGUUCUAUGGAGUCUGGUUACGAUUUUUUGUUAUGCAAAGUUUAGCCGUCCAAAUAAUUAUUUCUUAUUUCGUUCCUUAUGACUUGUUUGUAACUGUUUAUUAUUGUUGAUGAUUUGAUUUGUAAUCAUUUUUUAUCCAAGUAUAUCCCUUUAUAGUGGAAGGCUUUAUAUCUGUCCUAUCAUUUAGCUGCUAUGCUGUUUUACCACUAUGCUUUUUUAUUUAUAUUCCUUUUCUUGAUAGGGGUUUUUGAUGUAAGAUCCGCACUUAAGCCAGAGGCAACAUUGAUCCAUAUUAUUUUUCUUUCUUUUUUUAUAAAUGUUACAAAAGUAAAUAAUAAUAAUUGAAAAUACCUUUUUAAAAUUAAAUUGAUUUAACUUUUUAAGUGCAAACCUGCCAAAUUCGAACUGCCAUACAACACUUUUACUUUAAAAUCCUACACAUAACACAAAAUGCUUUUUUUGUGUAUUCUCAAGUUAAGUUUUACGGAGUAAUGGUUAUAGAGGGAUAUUCAACAUCAAGACUUUUAUACUAGUACAUUUUUUGUAAGUGUUAUUUUGUUUGAGACUGUACUGUAUGACAAUUCUUCAUUUUUUUCCACUGUGUGGGUUUACAAGGAAAACAAUAUGGCUGUCUUAAACAAAUCUCUGUCUGUGUAUUUGGAAUUGAACCAAAGUUCCCGGCGUCAUACACUACUGUUUUAUAAAGCGCAUUUCCUAAAGGUUGUAUAGACCUUACUGGGGAACAAAAUGAAAAUCAUUAACAAUCGAAAUAAAAAUAUAAAGGCUGGUCCUACAGUUAAAACGUUUUUUCAUACAUUUUUCAUUUAUAUAUAUAUAUAUAUAUAUAUAUAUAUAUAUAUAUAUAUAUAUAUAUAUGUGUGUAUAUGUGCAUGUUUUUGUACCAUAUCUACCCCACCGUGGUAAUUGUGACAGGGUUGGAUAUGAGGCAUCAUGUCUUGGAGUAGAAAUUAGUCUUUAUAUCUUCUGAAAAAGGUCUCUCAGACGUAGUUUGGAAGAAAGGAAAAAAGUGUGAUUAUGUACAAUAUAUUCUGUUUAAUUGUUCAACUCACAAAUCUUCUCAGAGUGUUCAAAAAGUGGUCAAGACUGAACUUUAUGAUGGAUUGAAAUCAAACAACUCAACAGAUGAGGAGAGCCUCUUUGUCUGUGUGUGCCUGUGUUCUAUUCUGCUCUGUUCUUUGGGGGUCCUAAAGUUCAUUGAGUUGGUUGUGAGUUUGACAGUGUGUCAACGAGGGCACGUUUACCAUCUCACACAGACAAAGAGCAAUAGGGGCCACUAGUUAUCUGUUGGUUGUUUGAUAAAGGAAUCCCAAGGUGUUACUUGAAAUAAAAACGGAACUAUACCUACUAUGAUGCUAUGACACACAUUGGCAAUAUAUUUGUUUGUUUUUUGUUUAGGGGUUUCAGCAUUCUUUUUUUAAAUAAAAAGUUGUACUACAUUAUGAAGUAAAUCUCUCUUUCCCGGGGAUAAUGGACACUGUUUUUUUGUGUGAUUAGUGAUGAUCAUCUGGAGAAGCAGAACUGAACACCUUUUGAACGGAUGUUAAUCCCAACCUCCCCAAACAGACGUAAACAAAGAGUCAGUCGGUUUUAAUUUGGGGUCCUUGGAUGUUCCAUGCGUACAGGAAGUGGGCUGAUGUAAUCCUCACCACACUCCUAAAAUCUAGAGCCAACGGCACCGCAGAGUUGAGAGGGACCGGUGAGUUCAUGUCGUCAGUUCUUUGAAGCACGUGUGUGGGAUUCAGAGGGGGCUUUCAUGUCGUUGUUUAUGUAUUUUUUAUGACUGGUUUAAAGUUUCAGAAUUUCCGUUUGAAGAAUACUAUAUUUAGAUAAUAUGGGUAACACACCCAGCUCAAGGGAAGCCCUUUUUAUCCAAGCUUCAUUGCUUGUAUACUGCAACUAUGAAAAGAUCACUUGAAUAGGAGAAUAGAUUAUUAAUAUUCCAACAGCAUUACUGGACUAAUAAUAUUUAACUUAAUAAUGAAACAUGACAUGGGUAAGUUAUGAAUGAAGUAAAACCAAAGUUGGGCUAAACUUUUUGUCUUUGGCAGUCUUGGGGCGCAGUAGUCGCCAUAGGCAAAGUUGCCCUCUACCGUACUCAAGUAUGAUUGCCCCCCCCCAACUGGGCCUGAUGCUGCCUUCAAAACAGCUCGGAGGUUCGGAAGCUGUUAUGUGUCUUUACGCAAACCUUCCCUUCUUCCAAAAUAAGAGUGUUCAGGAAACGCCCCUCAGAAGUUCGUAG